GGCCUCCAAACGUGGGGCGUGCUAACCCCCUGCACCACCACAGCACGCCCCUCCUACACCUUAAGCACAUAGCGUAGUUGGUGAUUUUGUUUGCACUUGUGGCUGAGCUGCCUACCUGUGUGUGUGCGCGCGCUUGUGUUUUCGCGUAAGCAAAGUCAGCCACAGGAAGUGAGGGUCGGCAUAAGUGUCAAAGCGAGUGGUUCAGGGUAUGUUGAUUGUGAAAGAAAAAUGUCUGAGAUGUGGUUUAUAAGAUCACAUGAUUUUGAUUAUGGUCACAACAGUAGGAAGUUUGCGCUGCACGUGUUUCUGUAAUUACAACUCAUUCAGAGGAGUAAGAAUCUCUAGAAGAGAUUCAGCGAUACAGUGAAUUUGUUUCAGAUUCAUACAACUGCUUACUCGACUUCUAAAAAGUGUGAAGGAUAGGCCUUUCCAGUGUGACUCAUUAAAUGAUGAUGGUAUCUGAAGUUCAGCUUAAAAGGGCAGAAAAGUCCAGACACACUAAUACAAAUUACCCCCCAGCUCAGUGUCAACUUGUACAGCAUCCAGUCCUCGUGGUGGUGAGGAAGGACGUGGUGUUCUGUGAAAUUGGGAGGCAUGCUGCGUGCCACGGUUGUUUCAUGAAGAUUUCUGAAAGGAAUUUUAACAGACAACUCAGAGAUAAUUAGUUGUAUUUAUUUUUUUAUAUCACAAGACGGGAGUAUCAGGAGUCAAAUGACAGAAUGGGAAACACUAUGAACGUAACGGAGAAUUUGACCGAAUAUUAUGACUAUGAUUCCGACUGCAAUGAAACAAGUUGGGUCUUCACCAGUGGAUCUGUGCUCAUCCCUGUUCUUUACUACAUGUUGUUCUGUGUGGGCCUAAUAGGAAAUGCUAUAGUUCUCUGGGUUCUCCUCCGGUACACAAAGAUAAGGACUAUGACUGACGUGUUCCUCCUAAACUUGGUCCUAUCUGACCUUUUAAUGGCUGUAUCUCUGCCUGUCUGGGUCCACGUUGCCCAGAGCCUUCCAUCCUGCAAACUGGCUACAGGAUUCUAUCAAUUGGGUUUCUACAGCGGGACGUUCUUUGUGACCAUGAUGAGCGUGGACCGCUACCUCGCAAUCGUCCACGCUGUGGCAGCCAUGCGAAAGCGGACCCUUCGCUACGGACUCAUCGCCAGUGUCAUCAUCUGGGUCGCAUCUGUGGUCUUGGCAACCCCACAUGUGGUCUUUGCCAGCUUAGAGUCACUGGACAAUGAAAGCUUCCAGUGCCAUCCCAUCUACCCAGAGGAAACCGAGUCGUCGUGGAAAAUGCAGCGAAAUUUCACAGAGAACGUGGUGGCCCUUUUUCUCUGUCUUCCUGUCAUUAUUUUUUGCUACGUGAAUAUCCUCGUGGUGGUCUCCAAAUCCAGGAACUCCAAAAGGGACAAAGCAAUCAAGUUGAUUUUCAUUGUUGUGUGUCUGUUUGUGCUGUGCUGGGUGCCCUACAACAUCAUAGUCUUCCUGAAGACACUGCAGCCAAUGUCUGAAUACCUAAACAACUGCGAGUCGUCACAGGCCAUCGAUGCAGCCAUGGUCUUUGCUGAGAUCAUUGCUCUGUCUCACUGCUGCGUAAAUCCAGUCAUCUACGCAUUCGUUGGGGAGAAGUUCAGGAAGACGUUGGCCAAAGUGCUUUCCAAGUAUUUCCGUUGGAAUUACCAGAGCACCAGCCAAACCACAGACAACGAGACCUCUAACACACCUGUACGAUCAGAUUAUUGAAACUGGGUCAUCGUUGUGAUCGAGACGGGAUGUGCAGUGCUUCUUUGUUUCUCUGCACCGAGAGACUAAAUAGAUAAAAGUGCGUGUGUGUAAGACGGCAUGGUGGCAGUGGUUAUGGCGGAGGGGGAGGUCACGCGGUUUCAGCUUGCAAAGGUUUCGGCGCAUGAAACAAGUUCUUCCUUGUCACAUGCAAGAUGAUGACUCAUUCGGAAAGUGUGCAAGAAUUACCUGAAACAUUUAAAUGCGAACUCCAACCAACCCAUGUCUUUCUGUCGUUCUGUUCAGCAUUUAACAAGAAGUACAAAGAGCAGAUAAAAAAAAAA